GCGGAAGCGGAGUGUGCGGGAGCCGGGGAGUAGCAGCCCCAAGAGCUGGGCGCCCCCCUCGCCUGCAGCCCUGCCCGGCGUCGGCCUUCCUGCUUUCCGGCGCCGCGGGCGUCUGGCGAGUGCGGGACUGGGGAACCCGAGGCGGCGGCGAUGAAGACCAGCCCCACCGGCGAGGAAUUGCCUGUGUCACCAGGAAUCACAGACAGCUGAACUACCAGGAUCUCACGUGGCCCCAGGGAUGGAACUUGUGACUUCAGACUUGCAAGAAGGUUUUUUAAGGCUCUGAGCUAUUUCUUGUGAACAAGUCUCUCCUAAACAUAUAAGUUUUAGUUAGUUAAGAACUGAAAGGAACCUUGGUGAAGAUGAAGAGGCUAUACUAGAAGAGGAGACUUUUGUUUUCAUUCAGAACUCUUGAAAGUGGCUUGCCACUUGUCAAUUGAAUUUGUUUGCUUCAUCAGAAAUGAUUUUUACCAUCUCAAGAAAAAAUAUGUCUCAGAAAUUGAGUUUACUGUUGCUUGUAUUUGGAGUCGUUUGGGGAUUGAUGUUACUUCACUAUACUUUUCAACAACCAAGGCAUCAAAGCAGUGUCAAGUUACGUGAACAAAUACUAGAUUUAAGCAAAAGAUAUGUUAAAGCUCUAGCUGAGGAAAAUAAGAAUUCUGUGGACAUGGAGAAUGGCGCUUCUUUGGCAGGAUAUGCGGAUCUAAAAAGAACAAUUGCUGUCCUUUUGGAUGACAUUUUACAACGCUUGGUAAAGCUGGAGAGCAAAGUCGACUAUAUUGUUGUAAAUGGCUCAGCAGCGAACACUACCAAUGGGACCAGUGGGAAUCUGGUGCCAGUAACCACAAAUAAAAGGAUAAAUGCAUCUGGCAGCGUUAGAUAGCAAUGAAGGUCACCUGCUUCUGUAGCCACUUCGAAGAACGUCCUUGGCAGAGAAGCUUUGAAAUCAACAACUAGGAUCAAUAAUAUCUUACAAUAAAAGCUCUGCACAUUUUUAAGGAGUAUGCUGGAUUUUUAGAAAAUCUAAUGCUGUAUAUAAAAAUUUCAAGUUAUUAGUUUGCUUCAGGCAAGUCUCUUCGAUGCUCUUCUUUAUAUUCUUAAAGGGAAGUUGAUGCCACGAUUAAUGUUGUAAUCAGAUGGGUGAUCUUUUUAGAUAUCUUGUGUUAUGAUCAAGCUGAAAUGAAAAACAUGGAAAGACAUGGAUCCAUUUGAUAAAAUAUUUAUUUAAAUACAUACCAUGGUUUUCCAGACUGUUGUUAUUGAAUCUGUCAUUUGUUCUCAAUGUAACUAUUAGACUAAUAGUAGUAUAAAAUGUGCUUACUUCCAGUACUAUAUUUUGUUACUCAGAUUAUGAGCAAAGAAAGGAAGUAUGAUGUUAAGAAUAAUUUUUUGAAGUCAUGACCCAAAGAAUGUCUUCUUCAUUUGCACUAUCCUUCAGAAUACCUAGAGGUAUUCUGUUGUAUUAAAAAAAAUGUUUGUAAGGAUAUAAUCUUGAAAUGGGUAGUAGCCACUGUCUAUAACCUAUUCUAAACAUUGAGACAAUUAAUAACAUUGAAAUAGUAAUUGCUAAUUCAUAUGUAACAUUUUUUCUUAUAUAAAUACUGAAGAAUAAGAUAUUUUUAUGAUGAAUUAAAAAUAAGUAAAGUACUCAUGAUUUUCCACAUGAAUGUUAAAAGUUUAACCUUUAACUAUGGAAUCAGAAGCACAGGAUUUCCAUAUUUGGGUACUUUUUGCUUUAAUUAUAUUAUCAGGUGAUUGGGAGUCAGAUAUUUGUGAGACUGGGCCACUUAAAGACUUUAGCAUGUGUAAUAAUGAUAUUUGUGUUAAAUUACUUGGGAAAUGUUAACAUAGAAACACCCUGCUUUAUGAAAUUAUGGGUUGUAUUGCAAAUACAUUAUUCAUUUAAUAUAAAGACCACUUAAAAUAAUAAAAAUUUAAAAUAUAAUUUAAAUUAUAAAGAUGAUCUUUUCAGAAAAAGAGCUAUUGUAUAUAGUACAGAAUUCUAAUAAUCUUGGCUAAUCGUAGCAUAGAGCAAAGUCUCCCCUAUUUAAAUUAACUUUUAGGAAAAUGCCAUAUGGUACCCAUAUUAAUAACCAUAUGGUUCAUAGUAUAUAUUCUCUAUAAUAGCUGACCAAGUGCAGCUAGCUUCUAGAUUUAGACUAUAUUGAAUUUAAAUUUGGUAUAGUAGGGCCAGAGAGAUAGUACUGGGGUUAAAGCACAUGCCGUGCAUGCAAUGGACCCUAGUUAGAUCCCCAGCACCAUUUGGUCUCCUGAGCAUUGUCUGUAGCCCUGGAGGCACCCUGAGCAUUGGAGGGCCACAUACUGCUGGGGUGGUCCCUUGUAAAUCCCUGCAUCACAGGGCCCAAGCACACACCAGAUUCUUAUGUCCUUCAGUGAACUGCUGGUCCAGUUGACUGAAUAUUGCCAGGAUUGGCCCCUGCGUACCCUCUGAGCAUUGCUUGGGAUAAUAACCACAUCCCAUUAAAUAAAUUUGGUUAUUCAUUAUUAUGAUAUGCUACCAAAUAUAGUAGCUUUAUUAAAACAAGUAUAAGAAAAUACUGUGUCAUUACAGUUUGCUUUUCCGUAUUCUUUUUUUUUUCUGUAUAUUUAUGUUUAAAGUUAAUUGUAUGACAUCGCCAGAGUUUGAAAAAAUCAUUCAGUCUCUUACUAGAUGUAGACAUUUUUUGGUUUUAUUUUCAGGGAUGAAAUAAAAUAUAUUAUUUGUACUUACAAAGUGUUAAAAGUUUUUUUCUGUAAUGAUGGUUUUGUAUUUAAUAAAUGUUAGGUUUUUAAUGGGAA